AUGUCAAAAGAUGCAUCUGAUCUACCUCCACCGCCAUCAGAUGGGCAAAAAAUAAAAGCGUUGAAUGACAAGCACAUAUAUCAGUGGAUUACGGAAUUGGCGACAGGCAGUAAUAGAGAAAGAGCUUUACUCGAGUUGGGAAAAAAGAGAGAGCAGUAUGACGAUCUUGCAUUAGUGCUUUGGAACUCGUUUGGUGUGAUGACAGCUCUUUUAGAAGAGAUCAUUUCAGUCUACCCGUUCUUGAAUCCUCCAGUGUUGACGGCCUCCGUCUCAAAUAGAGUUUGUAAUGCUCUAGCAUUGUUACAGUGUGUCGCAUCUAACGCUCAAACAAGAGGCGCUUUCCUCAAUGCAAACAUGCCUUUGUAUUUAUACCCGUUUUUGUCUACGAAUGCGAGACAGAGAUCGUUUGAGUACUUACGUCUAACUAGUUUGGGAGUGAUCGGUGCGUUAGUGAAGAAUGAUACACCGGAAGUCAUCAAUUUUCUUUUAGCGACCGAAAUUGUACCGUUAUGUUUGAACAUCAUGGAAAUUUCCUCAGAGCUAUCCAAAACUGUUGCAAUUUUUAUCCUUCAGAAGAUAUUGCUAGAUGACCAAGGUCUUUCAUAUAUUUGCACGACGUACGAGAGAUUUCAUACGGUGGCUUCCGUCUUAUCAAAGAUGAUUGAUCAACUUAGUGCUUCUGUGGGUUCAUCAAGUAUUGCUACUCAGGCUGAGCAUCAGGUAUCUCACUCUUCAAGCAAUUUGCAUUCUGGUCAGCCUCCAUCCGGUAGUUCUGGUCGUUUACUCAAGCAUGUAGUCCGCUGCUACAUGCGUUUAUCAGACAAUUUAGAAGCAAGGAAGGCACUUGCAUCUAUAUUACCAGAACCUUUGAGGGAUGGGACAUUCUCUCUGAUUUUGCAAGACGAUAUAGCAACAAAACGCUGUCUUGGACAACUUUUAUUAAACAUCAACGAAGAGAACUAG